AUGACGUCAGAUGACGAUAAGAUUCAAGAGUCUGAAGAAAGUGAUCAAGAUUUAAACGAUGCAGAUAUGAAUGGCAGUGAAGAUUUUUCAAAUCAACAUGUAUUGUCAGAUUCUAAAGACACGGAAGCUAGCAAAGAUGUGGAAGACCAUGAAGCUCCAACCACCAAGCGUGCUCGAUCUCAACCACCUUCAAAAUCCGAUUCGUUAUUCAAGGCUCCUACAAAUGAGGAAAUGCAUCAAUUCUCUCAAACAAAUGUGUUGUACAAAUCAAAUUUGUUUAAAAUGCAGAUUGACGAACUGGUAAGGGAAGUUACUGAUAAUUUAACAAAAACUAAACCGUUGGAAAAGGCUUUGCGUAGGCUGAAAUCAAUUUUGGAUAGCAUACCUAGUAGAUCCGAGGUUUCUAUCAAAGAUGCAAUUUCAAAUCUGCAAAAAGAAGGCAUUUCCAUUCCAUUUGGAAAUAAUCAUCCACCUGCCGACACUAAAUGCAAAUUUUCCUUUGAAAAACCAUCUAAAGUUGCCAUUGUUGGAAGCUUUCUGUUAAAGACGACCGCCAAAACCCCUUUUGGUGUGAAUGUCGACAUGUCCGUUCAAAUGCCAGAGCCACUUUUUCAAGAAAAAGACCAUGUAAAUCACAGAUACUUUCACAAAAGAGCGUACUAUCUUGCCGUUAUUGCAGCCGAGCUUGAAAAGGAGUCAAACUCUGAUCUCGGUGUCAAGAUUGAGUUUGAGGCGUUUCAAAACGAUCUACGCAAACCUAUUCUUGUACUGACUUCCACAAAAGCAGCAGGAGAACUUGAUUUUAGAAAGUCUGGAUUUUGUAUUAGAAUUUUUCCCACAGUUUCAUCAACAGUGUUCUCCGCUUCUAAACUGGCACCUGUCCGUAACAAUGUUCGUCUGAAAGCAGAUCAUGCUUUAGCUACUUCCAGCAAAGUGAGCGAGGUUCAACCUGCUACACCUCACUAUAACACACUUAUUUUGCAAGAUACAGUACUAGUGGCACAUCUCAACUUUUUGCACCAUCAUAUUUCUGAAUCUCCAGCAUUCAAAGAUGCGUGCAUCCUUGCGCGUGUUUGGCUUGCUCAGCGUGGCAUUUCCGAGUCGCAAAAGUGUGGGUAUGGCAUGAGUGGAUUUUUAAUGUCUAUGAUUAUGGGAUGGCUACUUCGGGCAACAGGAAAGCAUUCUGCACGCAAGCUUGGUAAAGGAUUCAGCUCCUAUCAGAUGUUUAAGAUUACGAUUGACUUUAUUGCUGAACUGGAUUUUACUGCAUCUCCGCUGUUUUUAACCCCUUCGGGUGAGCCCAUUUCUGAGCCUGGAUACUCUGCAGAAGCUUUUUUGAAGCACUUUGAUGUGGCAGUCGUAGAUCCGUCUGGAAGAAUUAAUCUCGCUGCACAUAUUACGCAAGCAGCAAUGGAUGAAAUUCAGCGAGAAGCCAAGCUUUCUUCAGCCAUGUUCAAGGAUCAGCUAACCGAUAACUUUGACUCGCUGUUUUUGAAAAAAGUAGACCAACCACUAUUGAAAUACGACAAUCUAAUCCGUAUUCCUGGAUUAACUACCAUUCCAGCUGCCUACAAACAAAAUCAUGCUUUUUUGGAUUUUCCUGAUCCAGCGCUGUUUAUGUUGCGAUAUAUUCCAAAGCUGCUCAAAAAAGCAUUGACAGACCGCACAGUUCUUGUCACGGCGUUUGCUCCUCGAAUGAACAGAUGGUCGUGCUCGACGACCAAAGCCGAGGUCAAAGGAAAGGAUACAGAUAUUACUGUUGGCCUCAUCCUACACUGUGAAAACUCGUUGAGGGAAGUUGAAAUGGGUCCAGCAGCAGACGAUACUACUGCUGUGACUGCAUUUCGUUUGCUUUGGGGAGAAAAGGCAGAAACUCGUCGUUUUAAAGAUGGUAGCAUCACCGAGUCGGUUGUAUUUGAAAGUGAUCAUACUUUACAGCAACGAUCGUUAAUUGUGUGUCGUAUGGCUGCACACUUACUUGCCCGCCACGCCAAUAUCUUGCCAUUAGAUGGUGUCACUUACUGGGCUGGUCUUGGUGGUAAAUAUAUUAAAGCUCCCGGCAUUGAGUCAAUCACAAAUAGCUUUCAGCCCGUUUUGGACGCUUUUCAAUCUAUUAUGAAACAACUUACAAUGCUUAAAGGACUACCAUUGUCCAUCAAUACUGUUAUUCCAAUUGCCGAUGCACUGCGAUAUUCGUCCACAUUUGUUCCUCAACCCAAGCCAUCACAUUCUAGAUUCAAAGAUGGCUAUAGACCCUACAUUGACCCCCUAUCUAUUAUUAUUGAGUUUGAAAGCUCCGGACGUUGGCCAGAAAACUUGCGCGCCAUACAGAACAUGAAGCGUGCAUUUUACAUUCGCAUUAAAAAUCUUCUCGAAACUCAGUAUCCUGGCACCCAAGCAUCUGUUUCAAUUGGAUCCAAUGAUAAUAUUCAAGAGAGCGGAUGGUUAGACGUGAUACAUACAUCCGGUUAUGUUUUUCGAUGUCAGAUCCACCUUGAUAAAGAAUUUGACUUGCUGAAUCGUACACUUCAAGAGUUGAAUGCGUCAGGAAGUCCGGCCGCACUCCUUUCUACCAAGGCUGCUCAGCGCACGUAUCUUUGCCGAUAUGUUUACUUGCCAUGGCAUGCUACUCAUAUGAAAAACCAAUGUCUUAGAUUGCCGUUUCUCCCUGUCACUAUUCGUAUUUUGAAAAGAUGGUUGGCAUCUCACUUGCUUCUUUCAUCCUCAAAUACGACAAGCAUUCCUGAAGAGGCUCUUGAAUUGCUUGCAGCAUAUGUGUACUUGCAUCCAGCUCCAUUUGAGAUUCCAAACAGUGGUUAUGCAGGAUUUCUGCGUGUUUUGGACUUGAUUCAAUCGUGGGAUUGGAAAGACGAGCCACUUAUUGUAGAGUUGGAGCGUGGCAAAAUGACUUUUGGACUCAUCAGUGACAUCAAAGCCAACUUUAAACAAUCUCGCCAACGCAACAAGACUCCCCCAAUGUAUAUUGCCACUGAGCGUGACUUGGGAUCUGAGUGGUGGACUACUCAACAGCCAUCGCCCAAAGUUCUAGAGCGAUUGGUUGUACUUGCGCGGUCAGCUCUUGUAGCAUCUAUCAGUAAAUUUGAUUCGUGUGUUGACAAUGACAUUUCACAGCUCUUUACAACUCCAUUAGCUGGAUAUUCGCUGAUAAUCCACCUCAAUACACAAAAGUGUACGCGGUUUAGAGAGAACCUAACGUUUACUUCUGAAACCUCUAGUGAAGUACGAUCCAAAUUUAAAAAUCUACUGACAUUGCAAGAUAAAGAAGCUGCGCUACUAUGGGAAUUUGAUCCAGUUGUGUGCUAUAUCCGUGAUCUUGAAACAGCAUUUUCUGGACUAGCCAUGUUUUUUCACGACAAAUAUGGUGGAGAUAAGAUUGCGGUUGUAUGGAAUCGCGCAGUUUUGCAAAAUUCCACAUGGAAAACAAAGCUUCUUUACAAUGCUUGUCCCGAUGAGUCAUUGGGAUCCAAGCUUACAAUCCAUCCAAAUAUAGAUGCUAUGAUUGCGGAAAUGGAGCGACUGGGCAAUGGAUUGGUGUUGGCAAUUGAGCGUCGCUGA